CGCGGAAGCUCAAACAUGGCGGCGGCGGGCGCUGCUGCAGCUGAGCCGAACAAGGAGCCGGCGCCCGAGGCUGAGGCACUGGCCGCGAAGGAGGAAGAAGAUUCUAGUUCAGUAACCGCUUAUGUCUUGGUUGCAGGGAUAUCUGCCCCGGUUGUCUUUUUUGUGGACUAUGCUUCCAACUGCUUAUUCAUGGAGGAAAUUGAAGGCUCAGUGACAGUUCGAGAUUAUAUCGAAUCCACCAUGGAGGCUGAAAAAUCUCCCCAGAGUCUCCUCGGCUUAGCCAAGACAAUUGGGCAAGUUUUGGCUCGAAUGCACGAUGAAGACCUCAUUCAUGGUGAUCUCACCACCUCCAACAUGCUCCUGAAACCCCCCUUGGAACAGCUGAACAUCGUGCUCAUCGACUUUGGGCUGAGUUUCAUUUCAGGACUUCCGGAAGAUAAGGGAGUUGACCUGUACGUGUUAGAGAAAGCCUUCCUUAGUACCCAUCCCAACACUGAGACUGUGUUUGAAGCCUUUCUGCAGAGUUACUCCGCCUCCUCCAAAAAGGCCAGGCCAGUGCUAAAAAAACUAGAUGAAGUGCGCCUGAGAGGGAGAAAGAGGUCCAUGGUUGGGUAGAAGAAUGUGUGUGACAACUCCAGACAGUUAAGCUUAACUGUUCACUUCCCAGUGAAUUUGAAGGGAUGCUAUGAAUAUGAGAUUCAACCUAAAUAAAGGCAGUGAGAUAUUUGUAAGUG